GUUUGGUCAGGCCCUUUAUCCCCCCUUUCAGGGAUGGCACAUUAUUAUUAGGCAGACACAAUGGUCAUCGCGAAUUCAGUUAGCCAGAACAUCUCCACAGGAGCGGUUCGCAGCGCGCGCAUCAAAUAACGCUGCUUCAAAUCAGUGCACCAUUUCAAAGAAAAAGAUGAAAGUUCUAAAAAUAGCGUUGAUUGUUUACACCAUUGUCUCUACAACAACUGCAAAGCCUGUGGAAGAUGAUGUGGAGUUUGCGCCUAGGCAUGAUUGCGAGGUUGGCGGCAAUGUGUACCCUUCGAAAGGGCACUUCUUCCUUCCUGACAACCCAUGCAAAUUUUGCAUAUGCAUAGAUGGAACGAUCGAGUGCGACACGAUUCAGUGCGACUACAUUCCAAACUGCACGCCAGAGUACGACAGAAAAUUAUGCUGCCCAAAAUUCACCAACUGCACAGACCCGAGCUAUGAGGGCGUCGAAACGCAAAACGAGAGGCAGUUUGUGGAAGACCAGGAGGAAAAGAACUUGCCUGUGGUGCAGGUGCAGCACCUGGACCUGAUUUCCACGCUUUCUGCGAACCCUACUGCCGGCUCGAGCGGCGUCUUUGACGAGUUUACAAAAGAUGUGGUGGCGGCGACAGAGUCUUCCGUGGAAGCUCCUACACAAGCGGAAGACUUUCAGGAAGCUGACGAGCCGGAAGCCAUGGAAAGCAGAAUCGACGACGAAAUCGCCACCACUGAUGCCGUUCCCAUCAAACUGAGAGAGGGUGACUUUGAGAUUUUCGCCACCACACUCGUACCUCUGGAGGAACUUUUGAAAUCCGUCAAGGACGAGACAGAAUUCGCCACGGUCGAGCCUAGAUUUGACGACGCGGAAAUUAAUAGCUCAAGUGAAGAGGAGCAGGAGGAAAUCAAUGUUACUGAAAAUUACUCUAGCGCCCUUAAAAGCGGUUCUGCUGAAGAAUCUACGGAGGAACCGACGGAAGAACCUGAAUUUAAUUCUAUUACGGAAGGAACUGAAAUUUCCGAGAUGAAAAGUAGUUCUGACGACGGCUUUGAACUGAAUGAAAUUUACUCGAGGACGACGACGGAGAACUCACUGACGACCACCAGCUACGAAGGGUUGUCCACGAUUUUUGAAAACCCUCCAAAGGUGCCAGACGUGAUUGUGGGCAAAAUCAUGCAGGAAGACGAGGCAAAAGUGACGGAACUGAACGCAGAGGUUUUGGUCCAGGACAGUCCGAAGGCGCAAAAGACGUCAGAGGCCGUGGUCCUGACGACGACGACCGACCCUGAGGAAGUCGAGACCGUGUCCAUCGCGAGUGCAGAGAGCCCUGGGUCGGCGAGUGCCGAAAUCCGGCUGGAGGAAAAGAAGAAAAACUCGUCGGCAGAGCUGAAAAUCUUUCAGGUUUUGUAUUCGGAGGACGAAAAGCAGGAGACGAGCAGAAGCGCCGACGCUGCCAUGUUCUACCUUCCGCAACUUCCGCGGCCUUUGGUCUCGCCGCCCGCGGCCGCCCUGACCCCGAGCGAGUGGAAGGCGAACGCCUUCGACGAGACCAAAGAGGAAAUCAUCGCCGGUCUGUGGCACGAGGCCCUCGACAUUCUGACCGGCGGCCGCUCGGCGGCCAGAUCGCAGGCUCGGAAAACGCACAAUUCCAAAUUCCACAGGGAUUGAUUCGGAGAAUCUUCAAUUUUUCGUUUCUUGGUGCUCAUGUGUAGAAUUUAUUUUUACAAAACCCAAAUUCACGAUUCGGUUUAUUUAGAUGGAUAGUAUUUUUAUGAAUAAAAAUUUUGCAUUGCGCGCUUUUCCCCAUUCUGUGAUCCUUUUUAUGCGUUUUUAUAUUAUGUUGUUUUAUGUUAUUUUUCACUUAAUUAGUCAGAUAUAAUGGCACUUAUUUAAUGACGGUCACUGCAAAUGACGCUCUCUUUUGCUUCUUCCUAUAUUUAUUUAUU